GGACACCGUUGCAUGGCUAUGUAUAAUUAUGGAAGCACUAUAUUAGAAAGCACAUUGGUUAUAAAUGGCCUUGUAAAGAUGGAACCCUCUUACCAUUAAUAAUAAAUUUCUGUAUGAUAACAAGGAAAAAGCUAUUACCAGAAAAACAUCUCUGCAAUGUCCAAUGAAGCUACUGUCCUCAGGUCAUCGAUUCUUUACUCUUCACCAUCAACUCGCUCCCAACUCAUCACUGAACUCGGUCACUGCUUUUUCAUCUGAGGUUCAUAUUUGUAUUGAAUGGUGGUGGCAAUGGGUUCAGCUUGCUUCCAAUGGUACUCUAUAUCAAAGUGCCAAGACAUAUGAUUUUAAGCCAGUUGCAGAAAUGCUUGCAGUUAAGAAGACUUCAGAAACAUUAAAUCAAUCCAAUGAAGGCAUGACUGGAUACUAUAAAUUGGAUUUGUAUGAAAAACUAAGGAACUAUAUUCGGAACGAAAAUUCAAGACAUGCAAAAGUAGUGAAAGAGGCAAAACUCAAGAUUGCUGCAGCUAAGGAAAAGUGCCGGCAAAAGAAGGAGAAUUGUCCGAUUAAGUUCUGCCACAAAUGCCUUUUGAGUAGGUAUGGAGAGAAUGCUGAAGAGGUUGUACAGUUGGCUAAUUGGACAUGUCCGAAGUGUCAAGGCAUUUGCAACUGUAGUCUUUGCCAAAAGCAACGAGGUGAACAGCCUACUAGUCCCCUAUAUCGUAGUGCCAAGGAAUCUGGCUUUAAGUCAGUUGCAGAAAUGCUUGCAAUGAAGAAGAAUUUAGAAACAUCAAAUCCAUUAAAUCUGAUAAAGGAGUCUGAAGUAUUUCUCUCAGGAGAACUUGGAAAUGAAAAUUUUUCAGAUGCAAAUGUCACUGCAGUUUGCACCAAAGAUGAUGGUGGUGAGAAUUUUGGAAUGAACUUAGAGAGCAAAGCAAUUGCAGAGGAAAUUCUUUUGCCACCGGGCAUGGAGUUAAAAGAAAUAUUUGGCAUCGAGUUACCACCCAAAGAGGUUGGGAAUGCGUUACAGAUUUUAGAGUUUUGCAGAGUGUUUGGAAAGGCUCUUGAUCUCAAGGAAGGAGAAGCUGAAGCCAUUUUUAAAGAAUUGAUCACUGAAGAAAUUAUGGAUGAACAUAACUCCUCACUGAUUCAAUUUCACAUUAGAUUGUUGGGAUUGUUUGUAAGCAAUUCGAAAAAAGAAAAACUAAGGAGCUAUAUUCAGGACGAAAAUUCAAAAGAUGCAAAAGUAGUGAAAGAAACAAAACUUAAGAUUGCUGCAGCUAAGGAAAAGAUAAAGUGUCUUGCACAAAAGUUCCAGAAUGAGAAUUCCAAAGUGUCCUCCAUUCCAGGGGAGGAGCAUGAUGCUCAUAUAAAGAUAAGAAUUGAGGUUGACGAAGCACACAUUGAGAUGUUAAGGUUAAAGAGCACAGGUGAAAAAUACAAAAGUGGAUGUGAUGCCACAAGAAUCAAUCCAGAGUUUGUGGACAACAAUGGGAUGACAUUUUGGAACUUACAAAGUUACAAUGACGAAUCGGUUCUUCUGCAAGAUAUGAAGAUACAAGAUGAAACUGUUAGAAGAAAGCUGGUUUGUUUACGGUCUUCCAGAUAAGGAUGAGAUUGAUAAUUAUAUAUCUUCAAAGGCUAAAAGACUGAAGAGUCUCAAUUCUCAAAAAAGUUUGUAGGAGUUUGUGUUUAAUGUUAAUUGUUCUUAAUAGCAUAAUGCUGGCAAACACCCUCAUUCCAUAUGGCUCUUCUUUCAGUGGAGUAAUGGUUUCGUUGGAAAUCUCCUUUGUUUUUGGACUCAAGGGACCUUCAUUAGUGUAAUAAUUGUAUAUAAUUUUUUUUGUAUUUUAUUUUAGUGGAAUACGAAAUGAAAUGAUUUUUUUGUAAUUUAAUUAUUAUUUACAGUUGUAUUUUUUUUAUUUAACUAGUUAGAUGUACAAUGAUAUAUUCAUUAUAAAGUGAUAAUGUAUUCUGAAUAUUUCUAAUAGUAACAAUAAGAAGAAUUCUAGA